UAGAAUGUGCAUCCUUAUUUUUCCCUCACAAAUUUGGGCAAAAAAGUACGCAUUAUGCAUGGCAAAAUACGGUAUACAUAUUAUUAUGCAACUUAUUUUUAUGAGAUGUGAUCUAUUUCUUUUGUAUCUUCUCAUCAUCCCUGAUUAAAACUGUACAUACAAAAAUCCUGCCAAAAUUUGAGUCUAGGGGUAGUGUGGGACUCGGUUAAUCUCAUUAUUAUAUAGCCCAUUAAUUACCCAUAGUAGGAUGGAUUUAGGCUCAAGUUCAGCUGAACAAUGAAGAUCCUAAAGAAUGCUAACAAUGUGUCAGGCUGAAAAGUUCUCAUAGGCAAUAUGGAGAAGGUUCCUGAGCAGGGAUAUCCAGUCAUGAAGACAAUGUUUCAUGAAAAAUAACACGGCAACAGUGUAUAUGAUUUAGACCAGAAGAAGGAGAGGUUGGAUAAAAUGGAGACUAGUGCAGCGGCAAAUAGAGAAGAGUAGAUCUGAAGAAAUAAAAUUCUGGAUUACAGUUAUGGCCGGUGAAAUGGAGAAAAGCUUUUACUGAAGUAUAAGAAGCUAGACUAAUAGAGUAGAAAAAACAAAUGAUUGGAAUUAGAAGAGCUAGAUUCAAAUUCCAACUCUGAAAUUUAUUAGCUAUGUGACCUUUGGCAAGACACUUCCCUGCUCCAUACAUCAGUUUCCUUGUUAAUAGAAUGAAAAAGUUAGAAUAUUAGGGGCUCUAAGAUUUUUUUUCAGCAGAGCCUUUUUUUUUUCUGGGGGUUGGGGGUGGGGAGGAGAAGGCAAGAUGAUUCUGGCUGAAGCAUGGAGAAAAGGCUCAGAGCCCCAGCUAGCCUUCAUUUCACCUCUGUCAGCCACCUCUGAGGCAUUCUUGAGGAAUCUCCAAAGGACUAGGGAACAUUUGAGAAAUCUCUAAAGGCUCUACUAUCAACUCUAAUAUUCAGUGACUUGGGGGGGGGUGUUAACUUGGCAGAGGUACCUAGGAAAAUAGUAAUGACUUUUAAUAAUUGCCACAGAAUUAUGUAAUAGAAAGGGGGAAUUGACUUACGAUAAAUUUGCCUGCUUCUCCUUAUAGGCCAAACAGAAUUUAAUGUCCAAAAUCUCAUUCAAACCUUGUACAAAUAAUGGUAAUCUAACAUUUAUAUAAAACAAUUUAGCCACAAAUAAUUCACUACCUAACAAUUCAGCUCAUUCCAAUUUGGGGUCCUCUAACCAUUCAAACAUUCCUCCUUUUUAAGCCAAAAUUUGCCUCCCAUCGCCGUCAUCUGAAAUAAAGUUCCAUAUUCCACCUUCUGGAACUAAACCAAAUAAAUCUAAACCCUCUUCCACAGGACAGUCGUUCAACUGUUUGUAAAGAGCUAUCAAGUCUGCGUUAUCACCCUCUAUUCUCUCUCUGGACUGUCAUGAAAUGUUCCAUGGAGGUGGGCUGCUCCAGUUUCGGUUCAAUUCAACAUUUUCUAAGCAUCUAAGUGCAAGUAGAUUUUCAUGUACUCAAGGUUUUAAAGACUUAGUCAAACCAGAUGAUCUUCCUUAAAACAAAUGACUAGCUUCAUAAUGAAGUAUAAAUAGAACCCCAAUUCACUGUAUGGUAACUAUUCUUUUCUUGCUAAACAUUAGCUGCUCCCAGUGUUUCAGAAAUAGAUUGCUAAUUCUUUUGAUCUAAAGCAAAUUGUGAAAACAUCUAGCCAGGGAUCCAAAGAGAUCCAAAACUCAAGAUCCAAUGAAGCAAGUAUAAAUGACUCUAAAGCUCAUAAUCUCAUUGCCUCUCAGGAGAAUAUAAUUCUCAGCAGUACAAAAGUCAAUGAUCCCAAAGGUAUUAUGGAAUAUCAAUGUAAGGAAGCUUCCUUCGCCAUUCUUCAUCCUACCCAUUCCAUAGUCUACUAACAUCAGGAUUUGUGGCUUGGGCCUAGGUAUCUGCCAGUCUGGGUAGUUUGAAGAUGGGGAGUAGAAAGUAUGACUGAGUCCCUGAGGAGAAAGCAAGCCGGCAUAGCCACAGUCUGUAAUGCCUGUGGGAGCGCUGAGCCUUUACGGUUUCCUGUGCUCCAGUUGUCCUGGUAACCUGAGGCCUCCCUAUUUGUGUUGGCAUCUUGGGGCCAAGAGCGGAAGCAAAGCUGGAGCACCAGGAAGACUUGCAGGAAAAAAAAUGUGGGUAAUGCAGCAGUUGUGCCACAGGAGGGUCAAGCCUAGGGCAUAAGAAUUACCUGUUUGGGGAGAGGGCAGGGGUAGUGUCUUGUAAAAAUUUGAUUUCCAGAUUCCAUUUCCAGCGUUUCUGAUUCAUUAGGUCUAGGAUGAGCUCAAGAACAUGCAAUUUUAAGAGGCUACCUCCUACCAAGUAAGACAAAGACCACACUUUUGAAAACCCAGGCUAAGCAAACAAAUUAGCAGUUGGGGAGAAAAAGUAUAACCAUCAAUCAAUUUCAGAAAGCCAAUGUUCUAGAACAGUAAUUCUCAAUUUGGGAUGGAGAGAGUAGGGUAUGGGGGUGGGGGGGUGGGAGGAGGGAGAAUUUGCCCUCCAGGGGACAUCUGGCAAUAUCUGGAGAUAUUUUGGGUUGUCACAACUGAGAGGGUACUACCAGUGAGUAAAGGCCAGGGAUGCUGCUAAACAUCCCACAGUGCACAGGACAGCCCCCUCUACUCAAACUCAACAAAGGAUUAUCCAGCUCAAAAUGUUAGUGUCAUGGUUGAGAGACCCCUCAACCCCACCACCCCCCAUCCACAGAAAUCAAUGCUAUACAGUUUUAGGUCACAAUACAGAAACAUAAGUGAGAUCUCCUAGGGAAAAAAAAAUGAAACUUCAAAAAUGAUUUAAAACAAAAAUAGUGACUGUUAUUAAAGAUAUGGAUAAGGAGAUGAGAACAACAGAUAACAAAGGGAGGCACAACAAUGGGAAAUGAAUGCCGUUCCCUCCAUGGGUGCAGCCUAUUCAUAUGUAGGAGACUGAUAAAGAGAUGAUAUACCUAUUAAAAAUAACAUAGAGGAAAAAAAGGAAAAACAAAAUUGAAAGAAUAAUGGAUAAAGGAACUGUGAAGAAGUAGCUUUAGGGUUUGUUCAGCAUAGAUCUGGAAUGAAAAGACAUGAAUAGAUUCUUCGGUAAAAGAAUGUUAAAUAAAGACACUUCAGCAAUGAUAAGAAAAGGAAAUGAGAAGACUCCUAAAAGGAGGUCAGGAUUAUAUAAGAAAGGAAAAUAAAGUUAUUUAUAACCUUCUAGCCCUAAUCAGCCCCAAGAAAGAUGGGUCCAGAAAAAGUUCUUUGGUUUUACUGAGCAGAGAUAAUGAAAGAGAAGAGAGGUGGGAGAAACUUGAGCACACCUAAGAACUCUUCUCAAAGGGGAAGAGGGCAGAAGUGGUGCUCAUAGAGGAUGGAGGAGUAAGGCUCAAAGAGGAAGAGGAGAGAUGUUUUUGAGAAAGAAGGGGAAAGAGAAGGAAGAAAUUUGGCAGCCACUGUAAGAAGAGGGGCUUUAGGUACCCUUAGGGAAAGAGAGAAAGGUUAAAUGAGGAAUUUUUUUAAGUUUUGCUUUAGAGAUAUGGGAGAUGAGAUAAAGUCUUCAUUUUCAUUUACCUCUUCUGCAAAACCUUCAAUAAAAACUGACAGUACUCAUCGGGACUUCGGGGUUUGGGUUUAUGUUUUUUCACAGUUGCGACAUGGAAGACGGGCCUCCAAACAGGCCGAGAGCCUAGUUACGCCUGCUUUUACUGUGUUUGAAGCGACUGUAACAUUUCUGGGGCAGUCAAAAGACAACCGUGUGACAGGUACUAACUCCCAGAGUGUAUGGCUAACACAAGAGAUACCUCAUCUGGCUAUUUAAGUUUAAAUUAAUUAAAAUUAAAGAAAAUUAGAAUUCUGCUCCUUAAGUCCCACCAGCCACAAUUCCAGCGCUCAAUUGCCACAAGUGGCUGGUGGCUAAUGAUUAGACAGGACAGGUAGAGAAUAUUUCCAUCACUGCAGAAAGCUCUAUGGGACAGUGCUGGAGUAAAAAGAGGUUAGACAAAUAAGCCAACAAAAAAACAAACCCUUUUCAAAUCUUUAAAGAGCUGCCACAUUGAAAAAGAAGUAGACGUCUUCCAUAUUGUUUCAAAGAACAAAACUAAGGGGAAAUAUGAACUGUUAUAGCAAGACAGAUCUCAGCUCAACAUCUCUCUAGAACUAAAGCUAGAUAACAGUAGAAUGGGCAGCGUCCACUGCAGGAAGAAGUAACCCAUUCUAUUCAGUAGAGACAGACAAGCAAAGACCUACUUGAUCAUCUUUCAGAGAUCAGAAUUAGAUGCCUUCUGCAUAUCUAGUUUUGAGUCUAUAAUUUUGACAGCAAUUUACAAACAAGAUAAAAGUGAAAGUCUCAUAAAUGGAAUUUUAAAAGUCAUUACUGCCAAUAGAUUAUGGAACAGGCAGGAAAAAUAAAAGCAAAUAAGCAGGGAAUCUAGUCAAAAUUAAGGGGGUUAAUUACUGGUAAAAGAGCCCUUGUGAAUGUAGUAAUUUGCAAGCAGAAAAAAAAAUAAAGAAAAAUGUGGUGAGAAUGGUUCCAGUAAUACAGAGAUGGUGUACGAAAACUUCCAUUUGGGUUAUUAAUGGAAACUUGACUAUAGUUGAAAUCAGUACUGCAGCCAGAGAAUCUUUUAUAUUCUCUGCAAGAGAGAAUAUUGGCCUGUUUGUGUAUAGCAAUUAUAUGUUUUUGAAACUCUGGUCCCUCCUCCUCUCCACUGCCAUUCACCACAGCCUUAUAAGUCGUCUCUCAGCUCCAGAAACUCAGCCUCCUUUAAGAAGUCUGUUCAUCUUCACAGGAAUGACUCUCCUUUCAUCCUUCUCCAGUCUGACUACAAAAUGCCAAAGGAUGCUGUCUCUUAAACGUCUAUCCUCACUAUGAAUUUAACCCACCCUUAUCUUCCAUCCCAAAAUGCAUUUGGCUUGAUUAUAAUGUAAUAUGGUAAAUAUAUAUUCAUACUCAUAUAUUGAUUUACAGUUCUAUUAUCAGCACGUUAGUUGGUGCAUGUGUACAUGAGAACAUUCAUGCACACACACGAUAACAUCUUUGCUGGUAAGCAUUCAGGAAUCCGACACUAGCCCAAUACUAAGCUUAAAUGGUCACUCGAUGGACUUUACAAUAAUGGACAUGUCAUGCGUCUGGAUACAGAAGGUAGGAAGAAGAGACUCAAGCAGAUGUGAAUUUCAAAACUUUUUUUCUUGUAGAAAGGUAAUGGAAACAUAAGUAUCUUUUGUUGUAUCUAGAAGAAGAAUGUUUAAUAACAAACAGAAGACUGAAGGCUUGACAAAAGCAAGCGUAACAGAGUUUACAAAGAGUACAGAAUAAGAAAAGGGUGAGAGAAGAGGAAAGAAGACUGAAAUGGAACAUGAAGAAUAAAUAAAGCCUAACCUUUUAAAAACCUGAGGUCUUCCCAAAAAGAAAGGAGGAAAACGAGGAGAUUUCAACACGAGAGUGUCAAAGAUGGAAAAGAGCCAGAAAGGGCUGUGGGCUUAAAAAAAAAAAAAUCAAUGAAGAAGCAGUGGUGUAUGUUGGCAAACAGAAGUGUAGAGUUGAGGGGAGGGAGAAUUUAUAGCAGAGGAAGUUGGUGUGAAGUUUUCCUCUAAAGAUGCCCAGCAGAGCAAAGAAGGAAUGAAGGCAAAGGCCACUGGUAAUGAGUAGGGCUGGGCUGAAACAGCACAGGAGAAAGCAACAGGGCCCAAGGUAGGAAUUUUUUACUUUUAAUUAACUGACCCAGAUUUUCUUGUUUGGGGCCAAAGGCGACAGCAGGGUUUAAAGAUCUUUAAAAUAAAUUUAAAAGACCUUAAUCCUUGUAAUUGCCUUUGGCCCGAAAUAACAUAAAUUAUAAAGAUCAUGAUAGAGUCUCUGAGACAAGUAACAAAUACCAUUAGAAAUACCAGCCUGAAUAAAACAGCUUUAGCUUUCUCUUUCUAUCAGCCACAUAAAGACAGAAAUUUUAUAGCUACGUACAUGUCCACAGAAGAUAGUAAGUAACCUAACAUCUAUGGUAAAACUGAGUUACCUGCCUCUGUAUCCUUUAGCCUAGUGCCCCCAGCCCAAGAAAUGUUUUCCUUGGUUCAGGAUACAUAGUGCAGGUUAAAGGGCUGCACAGAAAAAAAUUAAGGUUAAAAAUAAAGACCACACGAUGAAGUUGAGGGAAACCAGAAGUGCUAUGUUACUGACAUAGAAGGACAGAGGCAUUAACAACAUAGAAUUCAGUCAAAUCAGUGAGGGGAAAAUAUAGCACAAAGGCAAAACAAAGAACUAUUCUUGAUAGUCUCACUUUGGGUUUUAAAUCAAAUAUUGAAUCAGAUUUUUCAACUUUUCUCUUUUUAAAAAUUCAACACAAUUGAAUUGUUGGAUAAAUGAAGUCAUGCAGUUUUAAACGACUAUAAAAAUUAGCGGAUCAAAUGUCUCGCUUUUUGGCAGACUGGAUGGCAGACAGUAAUGUUAGACCCAGAUAACUUUGCCUUGAAGCCGCUCACUACGCUUCCUGCUCAGAGAUCAUAGAUUCUACCUGUGAGGCCAAACCCGUAUUCUUCACACAGGCAUUCAAAGCCUUUAAUGACCUAACCACAACUGGACUCAAAUAAUCCUAACUCCCUAAAGCGCACAGCCUCUGGACAGACCUUAUCUCUGGGGGCUGGCCAUCCCCACUGUCCUACCUGAGGUGGCAGUCUCCACCUACCGGCUCUGGCUGGCCAAGGCCUACUUUGGCGCGGUGCCCUCCUGCAGCCCGCCAGUCCCCAUCACUUUGGCCCCGCGGCCCCGCACUCCUCCCUCUGAGUCCUUUCUGGGCCUCGCUGACUCUCCGUUUUGCCCAGGCCCCUUUCCCUCGCCACAUGAAUUCUCCUCCCCAAACAGAAUACUUGGGGCCUUCUCCCUGCUCCAUAAUGUUCUCCAGGGGUUCGCUCCCACCUGCCCCCAUUCAGUCACAAGUUCUGCAUUCGGUGUCUACUAGGUGUUCUCCACCUGGGGUGAAAACCAGGUCCUGGACCCAGCAGGGACCCCUCAACUUUCUCAGGUGUUUCCACGACCCUCCCGGGGCUCCGGUCCCCCAAAUCUCCCGACUGCAGCCAAUCUAUCCUAUCCGGCCAAGGCGGCGGGGGUCAGCGGUGACUCACCGGAGGGCCGGCGGCUGGGGGGCCGGAAUGCGCUCACUUCCUCACCGCGCGCACCUGCCCGGCACUGCUGGAGCGCAGCCCGGCCGGGCCUCCGGCGGAUGUUUUCUGUCCCCGCGCAGGCGGCGCGCGCCAACCGCCCCCUCAGCCCGCGCGCCAACCGCUACGUCCCCCACAAAUGGCAUCUCCGACCGGGUUGAGCCCUAACCACUGACACCCCCUACACACAUGCAUGCAUACACACACACACACACACCGCCCCCCACAUCCCCCAACCAGAAGUGUGGCCUCCAGCCCCAAGAAGCUACACAGGCACACACAGGAGUGCAUGCACGCCAACAGGUAUGCAAGUGGGUUCAAACAAUACCUUCUCGCUGCUCCCCAACUUCUGGGAAAGGGAACCCAACCUUUCUUUCCAGAAGCCCCCUACUCCUGCCUGUGUCCACCGACCCCAUCUUCAUUACAGACAGCCCUCACUUCUUCCCCAUUGCCUCACACCAAUCCCCACUGGGCCCCGUCUGCCUUCCAGCAUCACCACCGCCACCUUCAUGCUCUCCAGCUCCCCACUGUGUCUGCCCCCUAUUGGGUUGGUUCCAGGUUGCAGGAGCAGAAGGUAGUCUAUGGUCCCGAUUUCCAGGGUGUCUGCUAGUGUCCCUUCCUGAGCAAGGUGGCGGAAUAGCUACUGACCACUGUCAAGACUUCUGGGCCUUUGUGCUAGACAGGCCUCCUAAUCCACCUGUUCCAGCCAAGAAAGCAGUCCAAGGCCAUGCCUCCCACACACCAGCCUACAUCAGGGCACCGUACUUCAACGGUGAGUUUUCUCUCUCUUGGCACUCCUCUGAAAUGGAAAGGGUAUCAGACCUGACUAAGGUGAAGGUGUGGAACAGUCUGCAUCUCCAUCCACUUAAGCUGUGUUCUUGGAAGAGGACAGAUAGGGAGGUCGAGGUGGACUGAUGAGUUGUUUCUGAAUGGUGAAGAGGUGAGAGGCAGAGGAGCCCUCCACAAAAGUCAGCCAGAAGUUGUAUCUGAUCCACUGGGUGACAGGGAGUGGGAGUCCUGGAGUAAAUGGGACUGGAGACUUAGAAGGAAAAAUAGAAUAAAUCCCAAAGUGGGUAGGAGGGGAAUACUUGGAACAGGGGUCUCUGGAGUGGGAAAAAAUGAAAGAAAUCCAGUUUGGCCAGGGGCCAUUAGUAUCAGAGGUGGUCAGCAUUAAGAGUAGUCAGAAAGGAGAAUUUGAGAGUUUGCAUCAGUGGGGAUGGGACAAAAUGGAUGAGAAUCCAUGAGAAAAAGGAGUCCUAAAGUAAGCUAGAGGAAGAUAAGAAAAUGAUACCUCUUCCCAGGGUAGAAGCGAAGGUAGCGUACUAUAGUUUUUAUCAGCAACAGUUUCUCAAACCAGACACUUAGACUUUCAAGGAAACCAGAAGCAAAAUCCUGGAGGUAGUUUUUGAAGUAGGUGGUAGGGAUGACAUGGAGAAUGAGUGUGAAAAAGGGCAUAAGUCUAUGCUAAGAAAUAGCAACCCCCAACCGAGGCCCUCAGCUGUGCACAGGGCUGCUCGAUGUCAUUAAAAGAAUGUCUACCUAUUGUGUCUCUGAGCUCUAGUACCAACCACAAUAGUAGCUGAUAUUUUCUGAGGGCUAUGUGCCGGGGACAGAGCUAAGAGCAUUAUAAGCAUUAUCUCAUUUAAUCCUUAACAACACUGUGAGUUAGUAUUACUAUCCCAAUUUACAGAUAAGGAAACAGGCAUAGAGCGAUGAAGUAACUUGCCCAGUCAUAUAGAUCUUAAGUGGAGUCAGGACUUGAAUCCAAGUAGUCUGACUCUACAACCUAUGCUCUUAAUCACCCAUCUUGGGGUUCUCCAGAACUGGCAGGAAACCCAAAGAGGAUGUCAUAGGAUAAAUUCCAAAAUCCCCAUUCCAAAACAUACAGGGGUACCUCUGGGAAACUGGAGUUAACUCAUACCACUAGGGCAUUAGAGAUCUUCCUGCUCGAAAGAACCAUCCCCAGAUACAGGGAGGUCCUGUAUCUGCUCUAUGCUUAGGGGCAAUGAACAAUGGACAGUCCAUCUCUGCGAUGCCUGUGGAAAAGAGACACCCCCUCCACCCACCCACCUCUGAGGGGCAUCCACAUUUGUAGGAUACUUCAGGGAGACCCUGUCUUAGGGUCUGAGAGAAACAUUCUCCACUCCAGGUGCCUGUUCACUCUCCUGUAGCCUCUGGCUGUCGCACCCUACUGCAGCUCCUCGGUUUGGCUGGGGCACAGGAUUAGCCAUCCCCAGGAAAUGCCUCCCUCCGGUCCAGGCAGGGAUCCCAGCAUAUCCACCCCUGGAGAGUGUGUGCGUGUAUGUGUGGUGUUGUGGGGUGGGGAGAUGGGGGGAGAUGGUGGAAUGCUUCCUUCUCUCCAGGUCAGGAAGAGAUCUGGGGACCACCUGGGGACCCUCACCCCUCCCACCUCCUUGCUGGGGAAGUGCCCAGUCCAGUGCCCCUUCCAUGGCCACCUCCCUCCCCCUAGCUAUGCGGGGGCAUGAAUCAGCUCUCACAGCUUGUUAAAGCUAGACCUCUUGUUUUCAUGCCCUCACCUCAGGAAACAGAGUUACAGCUUUUCCAGCUCUACUCAGCAGGGGGCCAGGGUCCUCACUUUAUAAACAUCUCCAAGGCUGUGAGAGCAGAGGGCACGGAGAUGGUGUGAGACAGGAGCCCAAGGGAAAAGACAGAAGCUAAGAUUCAAGGAGAGAAACAAAGAAAAGCCAAGAAGACAAGACCACAGUAGCCUGAACAGAAGCCAAGAAGGGUCCGAAAGGGCUGUGCUGCUGGAAUGGCCCUAAGGAUGCUCUGGACUGGACAGGCUAAGGGGAUCCUGGGAGGCUGGGGGAUCGUCUGCUUGGUGACAUCUCUGCUUCUCCAGCACCCAGGCGUCCACAGCAAGUGCUACUUCCAAGCUCAAGCCCCCUGCCACUAUGAUGGGAAAUAUUUUACCCUGGGUGAGUCUUGGCUCCGCAAGGACUGUUUCCAUUGCACCUGUCUGCAUCCUGUCGGUGUGGGCUGCUGUGACACGUCCCAGCAUCCCAUCGACUUCCCCGCUGAGUGUGAGGUACGACAGGAGGCAGGAACCUGCCAAUUCUCCCUGGUGCAAAAAUCUGACCCUCGGCUGCCCUGCAAAGGGGGAGGACCUGACCCAGAGUGGGGCUCAGCUAACACCCCUGUUCCUGGGGCUUCUGCUCCCCACUCCAGCUAAACUCAACUGAUCACCCUUCUGCUGACUGCCCACUGCUGCUGCCACUUCCAGGGAAACCACUAGCAGCUGCCAAUUUAUUCUGAAUAAAUAAAUUAAUGCUACAGCUGAAA